AUGAUGAAACUGUGUUUUCAGUUGAUUAGAGACUUAGAAAAUUCUUAAUAAGUGAAGGUAAGUCUUCUGUUGCUUCUUUUUGGAGUUACUACAAAAAUAUGUAGUAUAAGGUGGAUGGGGUAAAUUAUACAUUUGGACAAGCGAUACUUUUAAAUCUCAUUAAUUUAGUUAAAGAAAUCUUAUGCAGCUAGUAUUUAACGAUAGAUAUCAUUUAGAAUAUUUGAAAGGAGCAUCGACAUAUGA